UUUUUUAACGUUUGACUGACGACAAUGAAAACAAACAGACAAGAAGUUAUUUCUUCGCAAAUUUUUAAAAAAUAUUAAAGCUGUUCAUGAAGGUAUAAACUGAAACAGAACGACAUGAAGAAACUUGGCACAAUAAUAUGCCUUCUCGUCGUUGCCUUUGGUCAAGUCUCUAUUGUUCUGUCUGCUCAGCGAGUAAAACGCCAAUUCUCUGCUAUUCAAGCUCUUGCUGGUCAACUUGGAAGCUUUCCUUACACGGCCGUCGGAUGCUUUCGGGAUGCGGUCGCGAAGCCGAGGCCUUUCCCGGAAAUGCUCGCAAACUUUCGUAACCAGAUCGACCUGACCAAUCCCAAUUCGACCAUCGCAAAGUGCGCGGCAAAAGCUUACAUUGGCCAGUUUCAGUAUUUUGGUAUCGAGUACCAGGCUGAGUGUUGGAGCGGGCCUGGGGCAAACUUAACAUACAAUAAGUUCGGUCCAUCUUCUCAGUGCCUGAAUGGACUCGGAGGAGAGGAAUCUUUCUUUGUGUAUAAGUUUAACAAUCCACCAAAACCAUUACCAUCUCCAGCAAGUCUUGGCUGUUUUCCUAAACAUGCCUCAGUCGAACUCAGAGAUGGUCAAAAGAUAACGAUGUCUCAAUUACGACUGGGUCAAGAGAUCAAAACUUUGGAUUUGGCUGGUAGAGAAAAAUACUCUAAAGUUAUUGCUUUCCUACACAGAGAACCCAGUGGCUUGAACAGAUUUCUCAAGUUUCACCUCGAAGGAGGGGCAGAUAUCACCCUCACCCUAGAGCACUUGAUCUAUAUCAUACCCCGAAAAAGCUUAACCCGGAAAGUACUUUUCGCGAGGGAUGUGAAACUUGGUGAUAAGGUUAUAACAUCCGGUGGGGUAUUGAGAUCAGUUUUAAGAAUUGAAGCUGUCCACGAUAUUGGUUUGUACGCACCGCUGACUGCCGAUGGCAGCCUGCUUUCAGACGGAGUUUUUGUCUCCUGUUAUGCGCAUGUGCGAAGCCAUGAUUUAGGUCACAUGAUAAUGGCACCGGUCCGUACCCUGAGAUGGGUCUUGGAGGUAAUAGAAGAGAUGUCAUUGCUACCGCAAACCUUGAACUAUGCCCUUGGUAGUGCCUGGGAUUUCACCGUAAACUUUUAUACAAAUGCACUGUUGGCAUUUGUAAAUUAUUUACCUUUCAAAGACUCCAUAUUAAGUGUCUCGCCAGCAGUUUAAAUAUGGCGAAGAUUUAACUAUAGAUCGUGAAACUAAAAGAUAAGAAACUCCUUGCAUUGUCUUGGUUGACAAAUUCACAACAUUCUGAAUAA